AUGUACGAGUAUACUAUUAUGAUAAAUACAGCACGCAUUAUACUCAAAGAAGGUGUAUUGAAGCGAAAAACAUACAGUUUUUUGUGCUCAAAACAAAAACUUUUAAAUAAAUGUAGAGAGGCAAAAAUAACACACGCAAGGCUACAACCAUCUCAUUCAAUACCAGAAAAUACGGAAGAAAUAACAAAUUUAGAAAGACUCAAAUACCAUCAGGUGGAUAAAACUUAA